GUAGAGCGAGCGGUGUCAGACCAGGGCUCAAUUGAUGACCUGGUCCUGCACCUCGAGAUUUGUGACCAGAUCAAUGAAACGUCAGCGGCUGCCGAGGAUGCUGCCAAGACCCUCAGAAAGAAGUUGGCAUCGGGUAAACUUAGCCAGGCCCAAAUUCUCAAAGCCCUUGUUGUCCUUGAGACAGCCGUCAAGAAUUGCCACAAACGAUUCCACCUUCAGGUCACCAGCAAGGACUUUGUCAAUGUUUUGAUGAAAACCUACCACGCUCGGGGCCAAGCCACCGUGGUCAAGGAUAAGAUUCUCGAGUUGAUUGCCAGUUGGGCGCGGGCAUUUCGCAGCGAUCCCAUGAUGUCUGCCGUGGUCAAUACCCACCAAGAACUGCUGAUUCAAGGCGUCGAGUUUCCUGAAGAGAACCCGGACGAAAUGGCCCCGAUUGUCACCCCUGGUGUCUCAGUGGCUGCGUCAGAAUUGUCCAACUCUCACGCCCAGUCUCAGCAAUAUUCAUCCUCCCUGCCGGGCACAGCAAACUCUUUAACUUCAGAUCACGACAUCAUGGGCGACGAAGAGUUGGCGCGUCAAUUGGUCCGUCAAAACUUUUGA